UAUGUAGGAUGAUCCAUGGCAAAGUUGCGCGCCAGUUUUAAAGAGCAAGAGCACGCAGAUUCGAAAGAAAGAGAAAGCGAUCGAGGUAAGCAUGUCGCAAGACUUAUAAAGAAAAACUAAGGCGAGAGUCGAGCUGGAGCUCACACAGUAAUCAGUUGGCAGCCGGUGUCGAAUAUAUUGGCAGUCUACACGCCACGUGUGUCAACACGCACUGACGCUUUCAUCUUUCAUUUGCUCCUACAGUCUUAUACUCCUAUGGUUUGCGAUUAAAAGUGAAAUAUCGACCAAAGGUCGCACAAGUGACAAGGCAUCGACAUUAUUUCGUAUGCGUGUAAACUUUUUCCGUAUCGCCACCAUUGAAUGCAAGCAGUGGCACAUUAUCAAUUGUAAGCGUCUACUUAAGGAAUCAAGCAAGACAUUCAACCUCUGCGAAAACCAGUAAAGAAUACUGUUCUAUUGAGAGAAUUCUUACUGAAAUUUCGAAAGUCUUCACAGGAUAUUUUGCUGCAAUAAUUUAACAUCCAAGGUUCUUUCUUUAUAUAAUUUGUAAUAUUCAACAUACGGAGCCUUAUCAAUUUUCCAACUGCAUUGUAAAUUUCAUCAUAUUCAACAAGUUUGUAAAAUGAAGCCAAGAUUCACAGUAGCUCUACUUAUGUCUGUAACAAUAUUAGUUACGGUAACCAUAGAAGGAAGACCGUCGGUAAAUCAAGAACCAAUCAAAUUCAGUUUAGAUAUCAAGAAGGAUGAUGAGGAAAAAAUAACUGAGAAACCUAGAAACUUUGAACUUAAUGCAAAAAUUCAAGAUGGAAUGGAGUGGUUAAGCCGGAUGGCAGAUACACUAAGAUUUGGCCGAGGGCGACUAGUCAAUUCGGUUGCAAUUGCCCGAAACGCCGUAGCUGAGCGAUUUGAGGAGAUUAUGAGCGAAACACGAAACAACGUCGCAGGAGCAAUAGGCGCUGCCAACGACAUCAUUGUCAAAGGGCGCAGCACCUUGCAGUCCUACGAAAAAUCUCCGUUUGCCAAUUUUCUACCUCCAAAAACUCGCGAAACUACCCGACUUGAAAGUGAGAAAGACCAGGCGUUCUUUGAAAGAAAGAGAGAAAAUCCGAUUAGUUUGUUCUUGCAAUCUAUCUUAAAACCUCAACCGAUUGUCGAUUCCAUUAAAGAAGAAGACAAAUAUGGGAAUAAUGGAGAUAAAUUCGUAGUCGUUGGUCGUGCCUUUGUAAAUGGCGUCGAGGGUAUCAGCAAUUUCGUUAAUUAUGUAGCCGAUUUACCAGUAAAUGCUGCAAAAAAAACGUCACGAGGAAUUACUGAAGCUCUGAAUCAAAUUGGAUCACGCCUAAUUGGUCUACAAUAAAAAUUUCAAUUAUAAAAUUAAUUUUAAUAUUUUACAA